UGAAACGGUUAGGGUACAGUUAGAAGAUCCAAUCAGCUGACUGGACUUAGCGGAGUAAUAACACGGACAACAGCAAGUGUAAAAACGAGCCGACAUGACUGUACAUAGACUGAAGCCAAUCAGUUGAAAAUCACUCGAAGGUUUUGAUGGAUGUAACUUCUGUCCGGCUUCAGCGUGCUUGCAACACUCAAGUUGUGUUCAUUGCAAUAUGUACAACGUUGCUCAAGGAAAUCAGAUGCGAGUAAUAUUGAAAUUAUGUACCCCAUUUUUAGCAAUUUUGCUGCUCUCAGUGACACCAGGUUGCCAUGGCUCCGAAAGUGCCGAAAGAUUGUUCAACAACCUAAUGGAUGGAUAUAAUAAUUUAAUUCGACCAGUCACCAAUGUCACUGACAUCUUAAAUGUCAUAUUUGGGCUUUCUAUUUCACAGUUGAUCGAUAUCGAUGAACGAAAUCAAAUUAUGACAACUAGUGUGUGGGUGAAACAGAAAUGGCACGAUUAUCAAAUGGUUUGGGACCCUGGGGAGUACGACGGAUUAACAAUAAUCCACAUCCCCGUUAAUAUGUUAUGGAUGCCAGACAUACUGUUGUACAAUAAUGCCGAUGGCCCAUAUGACGUGGAGUUCAUGACGAACGCUCUGGUAUAUUCAGAUGGUACAGUUUAUUGGAUUCCUCCGGCGAUAUAUAAAAGUUCAUGUAAAAUAAAUAUCGAGUUCUUCCCUUUCGAUGAACAAAAAUGCAUCAUGAAAUUUGGAUCGUGGACUCACGAUGGUUUGGUGUUGGACUUGGUCAUAAUGGACGAAUACGUGGGACAGGAGGAUUACUGGGAGAACGGGGAGUGGGAUAUAGUUGAAUCACCUGGACAGCGCCACUCCGUCAAGUACCCAUGCUGCGAGGAAACUUACAUCGAUGUCACGUUUUCAUUUGUAUUACACCGGAAGUCGUUGUUUUACAUCGUUACCUUGGUGAUCCCGUGUUUGUUAAUUUCGUUCUUGACAAUGUUAGUAUUUUACUUGCCUUCGGAUGCUUGUGAGAAGAUCACAUUAUCAAUAUCUAUUCUUCUCGCGUUGAUUGUGUUCCUCUUGCUGAUUAGCGAGAUUAUCCCGCCCACUUCAACAAGCUUGCCUCUGAUAGGACGAUACAUGUUGUUCACCAUGUCUUUGGUAACAAUGUCAAUUUUCGCCACUGUCGUCGUUAUCAACAUCCACUUUCGGAGUGCUAAGACUCAUGUCAUGCCCAAUUGGGUGAGGAAGAUUUUUAUUGAUAUAAUUCCAAAAUAUCUGCACAUGGAGAGGCCGCCAAAGGACGACCGUCUCCAGCGAGAACGAAUGAAACGGAGAAACAUUAGGACGCAGGAGGAAGGGCAUUCGAAUGGAUACUAUGACCGGCGGUUCAUGCAGACAGCCGCUAAGUACAUGGUGGACACCAUUACGCCGUCGUUAUUGGAGGAAAUUGAAGGAAGGGAGCAAAUUAACAAAAAUUACAACCAAUUUGGGAGUUCGGAUCUUGCGCCUGAAUACAGGGAAGCAAUCGAAAGUUUGAACUUUAUCACGAACCAUUUGAAAGCUGAGGAUAUUGAAGACGAGGUCAGCGAAGACUGGAAGUACGUUGCCUUGGUGAUAGACCGAAUUCUGUUAUGGAUUUUUUUAAUCGUCUGCGUUGUUGGUACAUGUUCAAUUCUUCUAAACUCGCCAGUGAUCUGGGAACGUGCCAAUGCUCACGCCACGCCUAAGUUUGAAAAACCCAUUUUAAUUGAAAGUAUCACUUACGGCGAGUACAGCCUAUAGUUCCCACAAUUCAUUGCCACAGUAUUUUUUCCUUCCCAUUUUGCAAUACGAAAUAUCUAUUUUUUAUACGAAUGUAUGCAAUAACAAUGAAUUAAUCCACAUACGGGGAGUAAAUAAUGAAUGCGGCAUUCGUGAUGUGUCGAAAAAAGGCAGCGUUAAUUACUUCAGUCAAUAUAUGUCACUGAAAGAUAGGCAAGAAUUGCUCUCGUUGAACGAGGCUCAAGUAUUA